UUGUGUCUGCUUCUGCUAUUGUGCAUGACUGUGGCACUGAAAACUGCAGAUGGGUCCAGGCGAAAGAAGCGUGAGUGGAUUCUCCCACCGACAAAACUUGCUGAGAAUGUUGACUACACAAAGAAGCCAUACGUUGCCAAAAUCCGGUCUGAUAAAGAUCUUGAAGGCAAGCCAGUGGAGUACAGCCUGACAGGACAUGGUGCUGACAAGGAGCCAUUUAACCUUUUUGUUGUCAACCCCAAAACGGGGUUUGUCAGAAUCACAGACAUACUGGACAGAGAGGAAAUAUCACAGUACAACCUGACUGGGAUAGCCAGGUACAUAGACGGCAGUUUGGCAGAAGCAGACAUACAGCUUAAAAUACAGGUCGAAGAUCAGAACGACAAUCCACCAAAGUUCAAGCUAUUCCAAGGAUCUGUCACAGAAUGCAGCAAAAUAGGAACUCGUGUCAUGAGGAUUAGAGCUGAUGAUGCUGAUGAGCAGGGAACCAUCAAUGCAAAGAUUGCAUACAGUAUAGUGAAGCAAAUCCCAGAGGGAGCUGGUCCCAUGUUCUCCAUUGACAGAGACACUGGAGAUAUCUAUGUGAAAGAGCACACCCUGGACAGAGAGACACUUGACUCCUACACUUUAGUGGUGAAGGGUGUGGAUAUGGACGGCGCUCCAAACGGCAACGUAGGGACCGGUACAGUGGAGAUUAAGGUUUUGGACAUCAAUGACAAUGUUCCCACUCUUGAAAAAGACAAGUACUCUGGGGAUAUUGACGAGGAUGCAGUUGAUGUGGUUGUGAUGAGAAUCAAAGCUCUGGAUAAAGACUUGGAGAACACUGAUAACUGGCUGGCCCACUUUGAAAUUGUGAAGGGUAAUGAAGAUGAACUCUUCACUGUAGAGACAGAUCCUAAGACCAAUGAGGGCAUUUUAAAGCUGGUCAAGCCUGUGGAUUAUGAAAAGGUCAAGAGUCUGGAUCUCGACCUGAUCAUUUCAAAUGUAGCUCCUUUUAUAAAUGGAACUGCAUUAGCACUGGGUUUGAGCAUCGACUUGGAUGGCCCUGAAAGACCUGGAGCCGGGGCUGGGGCUGGGGCUGGAGCUGGAGCUGGAGCUGGAGCUGGAGCUGGGGCUGGGGCUGGGGCUGGAGCAGGAGUCGGGGUAGGGGUUGGUGUAGGUGCAGGUGCAGGUGCAGGAGUUGGAGUAGAUAUGGAUGUUGGGGUGGAUGUAGGAGUAGAUGCAGAUGUUGGGGUAGAAGCAGGUGCUGGUGCAGGAGCUAAGCCUGGUGUUAAACCAGGAAUGAAACCUGACACCAAACCAGGUGCCAAGCCUGGCAUUAAACCGGAUACCAAGCCUGGCACCAAACCAGGGACUAAACCAGACUCCAAACCAGGGACUAAACCAGACAAAAAGCCAUCUCCAGGAGGAAAGAGCUACCCAAUCAAAAUCACUGUAAAUAACUUACCUGAUGGCCCAGGCUUUGCGCCAUUAGUAAAAGACUUUCCUGUGUCAGAGGACCCAAACUUACACGUUCCCAUGGUGAUUGGAUCCUUUCCUGCUUUGGAUGGUGACACUGGAGAAGUUGUUGAAAAUGUCAGGUAUGCUAAAGGACAUGACCCAGACAACUGGCUAGUCAUUGAUGAGGAGACUUCAGAAAUCAAACUUGUAAAGAUGCCAGAUCGAGAGUCAAAGUCACUGGUCAAUGGAACCUACUAUGCAAAGAUCCUCUGCAUGACCCAAGAUGUGCCACCAAAGACAGCUACUGGGACGAUAGCCCUAAAGGUGCAAGAUUCAAAUGACCACUGUCCCAGACUGACCAGCAACUACGAGAGCAUGUGUUCUGACACUAAAUUUGUAAACGUGACUGCAUUUGAUGAGGAUGCCUAUCCAAAUGCAGACCCUUAUAAAUUUGUGCUGAUAGAGGAGGAGACUCAUGGAGUGUGGGAAAUGGUUCCUGUAAAUGGAACAACGGUGAGCUUCCAUACCAAGGAGAUGCUGUGGCCAGGCUUUUAUGAGCUGACUGUGGAGAUCUUUGACGUGCAGGGUUUGGGCUGUAAGGACAAGCAGAAACUUCAAGUGGAGGUGUGCACCUGUGAUAAAGGUGGCACCUGCGGUCCCAAAACAGGCCGACAACAUGGGUCCUCAGCCAGUGUGGGGCUUCCAGCCAUCGGACCGCUCAUAGUGGGUUUAGCUCUGCUCAUGAUGGUUCCCUUAAGCCUGAUAUUCUGCCAGUGUGGGUCAACAAGUGAAUUCACAGAGGUGCCCUCUGAUGCUACACAAUACCUUAUCUCAUACCACACUGAAGGCAAGGGGGAAGACAAGGAGAUGCCUCUUCUCAGUGUUCCAGUUAUGGCAGAACAAAGUGCUACAGCUGUGGCUGGUAAUGCUACCAGCAAGGCCUCCAUGUUGUUCAGUUCACAGGCCUGUGGCAGUGCACUGUUCAGUCAGGAUCUAAAUGCAGGGGUUAUGGAGACUGACAGCAUGUCUGGAUACCAACACAACACUUUCUCAGCUGAACAUUAUGGGAGCACUCUAUACUCUGCAUCGUUCAGGCACAAGAUGCAUGACAUAUAUGAAGGGAUAUCACUGCCGGAUUACUAUCUUCAUGACUACUUCUCUCUGAAAGCGAGCUGUGCAGCUGAGAACCCCCCCAUGAAGGACAGUCUGCUGGUGUACGACUAUGAAGGCAAAGGCUCUGACGCUGGCUCCGUGGGCUGCUGCAGUGUCCUUGAGUCGGACAAUGACCUAGAGUUUCUCAACGAUUUGGGAUUUAAAUUCAUGACUUUAGCAGAGAUUUGUCAUCCCCCCAAGCCUAGUCUACCACCACCCAAGGUUGAACAAAUUGUCCAGUCAGUGGAUACCACCAUCAAAAGCAAGAGCUCUGUCACCACCAGUACAGUUCACAUCACAGAAUCUGUUCCACCUCCACCACAGCCUCCACCACAGCCUCUACCACAAGAGCAAAGCAUGGUUACUAAUGUUACCAAGACGAUCAACCAAUCAAGUGAUGUUUCCAUGAUGAAUACUAGUCAGACACUGCUUGUGCAGCAGCAGCCUCUGUACUAUUUGGUAGAACAUCAAGUACCAAGCACUGUGAUUCUUGCUGAGAGACCUACACAUGGUACGUAUCUAAUAAAUGGGGCAGCAGGAGCUGACGGGCUGAUUCUUCAGGGCAGUAACAUAACCCAGGAUACUCUCGAACAACAAGGAAUGUACCUGAUUGAUGGAGCUUCUAUGCUACAAGGAAAUAUCAUGUUAGGGAGUCCAAAUCCUACCAGUCCAGGCAGCUUAACUUUUCCCACUAUAUUAGUACAGGGAGGGCAAGGCAGACAACAAGUGCAGAGUUCUCUUCUUCUAGGCCUUCAUCCAGGGAAACCAGAGAAUGGACCUAGUGAAGAGUCAAAAUAA